AUCUGAAGACCUUGGCGUCGGCCGAGGUGGAUGUGACUGACGACGUUGGCCCUGUGGGGACCGAGGGCGAUGAAUCCUUCUCCGCGAACGUCUUGGAGGAGGCAGAGGAUGGAGAGCUGGCUGCGGAGGAUGAGGAGGAGGAGGAGGAGGAGGAGGAGGAGGAGGAGGAGGAGGAGGAGGAGGAGGAGGAGGAGGAGGAGGAGGAGGAGGAGGAGGAGGAGGAGGAGGAGGGGGAGGAGGAGGCUGCGGAGGUGGAGGCGGUUGAGGAGGAGUACAUGGCGCAAGAGGUGGCGCUGGAUGACGAGGAGGAGCUGGAUGAAGAGGACUUCGACGACAUCGAUGCGUCCCCGCUCAGCACCUGAACGCCACAGUCGAAGACUUUGGCG